UGUAUUGUCUAUUUAUAGUUUGAUCAUGUGAUACAUGUAUUUUACAGCAAGAUGGCGGUGACCGAUGGAAAUUGGGAGUUCGAUAAAUUUGAUGAUGGUUCUACAAAAAUAGUUGGAGAGCUGCAGUUGAAGAAAUAUGGACUGUUUAUGGAAGAGUAUGCCACACAGCUGAGAGAGAUUGAGGAUGCAUUGGACGACUCCAUUGGAGAAUCCUGGGACUUUACUCUGGAUCCUAUAGCUCUCCAGCUUUUGCCAUAUGAACAGACAAAUCUGCUGCAGUUAAUAAGGACAGACAACAAGAUUUUUAACAAAAUCAUCACAGUUCUGGCGGCCCUGUGCUCGGAGAUGAGUGCCCUGAAGCAUGAGGCAGAGAAUAAGUUCUUCAAUGCACUUAUCUUUUAUGGAGAAGGAGAACCUGAGAAAGGUCUUGCUGAGGGCGAAGCACAAGUGCAGAUAGGGCGAAUCAUGCCGUUAAUCCAGGAGCUUUCCUGCUUUGUAAACAGAACCAAUGAAGUUGUGAAGAAUGUCGUUCAGCAGUUUGCCUGUCUGUUUUCUGUAGUAAGGAAUGGUCCUAAGCUGUUAGAUGUGAGUGAUGUCCACUUUCAGGUGGUAUAUGAACACCUAGGAGAUCUGCUGGGGGUGUUGAUUACACUGGAUGAAAUCAUCGAGAAUCAGGCCACACUGAGAGAUCACUGGACCCUGUAUAAAAGAAUGCUGAAAUCUGUCCACCAUGAUCCAGGGAAGUUUGGAAUUGCUCCAGAGAAGAUUCGACCAUUUGAGAAAUUGAUCAUGAAGCUAGAGGGUCAGUUACUGGAUGGGAGAAUAUUUCAGGAUUGUGUGGAGCAGCCCUUUGAUACACCCACAGUGUAUGUCAGUAAAAACCCAAACCUGGCCGAGGAGUUUGCCGUCAGCAUCAAAGAUUACUUAGCAGAGCUGGAAGCCAGAAUAGGAGAAGCUAAUGAGAUGGACCAGAGAUAUAAGUUUGUAGGACUCUGUGGUUUAUACAUCUUACAUUUCCAGAUAUUCAGAGUCAUUGACAAAAAAGUCUUCAAAAACAUAUGGGAUGUCCAUAAAAAGAUUCCAGCUAUACACCUGAUUGGUAACAUAGUGUGGUUCCCGACUGAGUUCCUGUUAAGUAAGAUGCCCCAGGUGGACAAACUGUUGGACAGGAAGGCCAAGGACGCAGUGACCACCACAAGGACAUCAUGGCUGACCCAGAGACAACAGAUGCUUACAAAAAUACACAUGGACCUUAAUAACAGAUGUGUUCUCUUCAUACAGGGAGUACUCCAUGCUUAUAACAUCAGUCACCUGGUGAGAACAACUAUGAACCUACAUGUCGCAAUGUCUAAACCGAUGACCAAGUCGUGCCUUCUCUCACUGUGUCGACUCAUUGAGCUACUCAAGGCUAUAGAACACACCUUCCAUGGGAGAACAAUGUUGAUUGCAGAGUCAGUGAAUCAUAUUGUACAGCAUCUUAGCUUCAUCUGCCUCAGUAGUAUUGGUGUGGCCAAGAAGAGGAUAACCUCAGACAAGAGAUACAGUGAGAGGCGACUUGACGUUUUAUCUGCCCUGGUUCUAGCCGAGACCGCAUUGAAUGGACCAGGUACCAAAGAGAGACGUUUGAUCACACAUCUAGCCUUGGCUUUAGGCACAAAAAUGAAAACAUUUAAAGAUGAUGAGUUACAAAAUUUGUUGGCAACAAUGAAGAAGAUGGAAGUUAUCUGUGACCUUAGGGAGAAAGUCAGACAGGCCUGUGACUGUACAUUCUUUUACUGGCAUCGAGUUAUCCUCCCCAACUACCUCACGGACAUGUGUGAAAAUGUCACAGACACCCACAGAAUACAUUACAUGUUUGGUGCCUUGAGAGACUGUGUUCCUAGAAUGGCUGCAGUUCGUCACAUGACAUCACCAAGGGAACUAAUGAAUGCCUAUGACAGAGAAGUUUAUGGAUAUUUCAAGGAGCACCUGUUGGAUCCCCUAUGUCAGUCCAUAGAGACAGACCUACGUCUACAGAUACACACACACCUACAGCUGGACGACAGAAAUCCAUUUAAAGUGGGUCUGAAGGAUCUGUCACACCUCCUCAAAGUCCGACCAAUCAGAUUGUUCGAUAGACUGAUCAAUAUCAAAGCUUAUGUAGAACAUUACCUGAACAAGACCUUCUACAACCUAACAACAGUAGCUCUCCAUGACUGGAAGACAUAUGGAGAGAUGAAGAACAUGGCCCAACAGAAGUACUGCUUAAGUCUGUUAGAAUCCCAUCUACCCAGUCAGACUCUGGAACAGGGAUUGGAUGUAUUAGAGAUCAUGCGUAACAUCCAUGUGUUUGUGUCGAGAUAUAUGUACAACCUAAAUAACCAAAUUUUUGUGGAGAGGUCAAGCAAUAAUAAGCAUCUGAACACAAUCAACAUCCGACAUAUUGCUAACUCCAUCAGGACCCAUGGAACUGGUAUCAUGAACACCACAGUCAACUUUACCUAUCAGUUCCUGAGGAAGAAGUUCUAUGUAUUCUCACAGUUUCUCUAUGAUGAGCACAUCAAGUCAAAGCUCAUAAAGGACUGGAAAUUCUUCAAGGAAAAUCACAUGCAAACUGAUCAAAAGUAUCCUGUGGAGAGAGCUGAUAAGUUCAACAAAAACAUCAAGAAUCUUGGCUUGACUCCAGAUGGAGAAAGUUAUCUGGAUCAGUUCAGAACCCUUAUAUCUCAAAUAGGGAAUGCCAUGGGUUACAUCCGUAUGAUCCGAUCUGGAGGUCUCCACUGUUGUAGCAAUGCCAUCCGAUUCAUUCCUGAUAUUGAGGACAUAGUGAGCUUUGAAGAUUUGUGUAAAGAGGAGAAUUUAUCUAUGGAGUGCCAAACUGCUGCCAAAAACUUAGACAACGUGGUUGGAAAUUUAGCCAGAAAUUUUGCAGAGGGAACUGAAUAUUUCAAAAUGCUAGUGGAUGUGUUUGCCCCAGAGUUCAGGAAUCCCAAGAAUAUGCAUCUUAGGAACUUCUUUGUAAUUUUACCUCCACUGACUGUGAACUUCAUUGAACAUUCCAUUAGUGUAAAAGAAAAAAUGAGCAGAAGGAACAAAGUUGGAGCAGCAUUUACAGAUGAUGGGUUUUCUAUGGGGGUGGCCUACAUCUUGAAGCUGUUGGACCAGUACCAGGAGUUUGAUUCACUUCACUGGUUUCAGUCUGUCAGAGAUAAAUAUAGAACAGAGAAGGAAAAACAAAAGCAGGCCUUAGCCAGCAGAGGUGACGAGAAAUCACAACAGACCAUCACCUUAACUGUCAAAAGACUGGAUCAGUACCAACAGGAAUAUGAUCUUUUGAACUACUCACUUAGCAGUGCUAGAAUAUUCUUCCGUGCUGAUAAAACUGCAGCGGAGGAACAUGAAGAAAAGAAGGAAGCUGGUGGACAGCAGGGCAGCAGUUCUGACCAGACCCCCGCCCCCAGCCAAGCUCCAGAGGCCCCAGCUGCAGAUUCUACAGGACCGCCCCCUCCAUCAGCCCCUGCGGCGCCCCCAGCUCCAGCCCCGCCCCCUCCAGCCCCCGCCCCUCCACCAGGUGGUGCCCCUCCCCCACCACCACCACCACCUCCCCCGCCCCCACCACCCCCACCCCCGCCACCACCAAUGUAAAGGAGAAAUGGACUUUCAAAGUGUUGGAGACUUUUCACAAGGAAGGACAUAUGUGCAAUGUAAUCCUAGAACAAGGACAUUCCAUGAUUUGAACCUAUUAUUUGAAAAACUUUAUUUGUCUUCAGUGCAGUUUGAUUCAUAAUAAGAAUCAUUAAAGGACAUUAAUUUGAAGAUGCUUAUAUUACUGCAAAAAAACUACUUGAACGUUUUUAUGAUAGACAAGCAUUAUUAUACAUACAAUAUUUAUUAUAAUAAACUUUAUUCAUUCAUAGCUGUGCCAAAUGAUGAAAUUGAACAAUGUUGCACUACUGCAGUACAAUAAAUUUAUAUAUGAAGACUGA